AUGUCACAUCAAAAGACCCAUUCACGUUCGCGGGGGUAUGGAUCGCAAUCGAUAUAUGGCCAUGGCGAGGGAAUUGAGUUUAAUCAGGGGUAUGCAGAGCCGUUUGGAGCAGAAGUCGAGGUGAAGAGCGAGGGAAUCAAGAACCCAUUUGUGAAGAUGGAGCCGGUAAAUGCGCAAGCUGGAGACAGUGGCGCGAAGAGAGGUGUGUUGGGACUGAUUGUAGGGACGUUGCCGGUGCUUGUGGCGUUUCCAUGUAUGCUUUUGUCGGGAAGUUUGUCGUAUGGACAUGGUACGUAUGGUAUUGGAACUAGUGUGUCCUUUGUGUCGAUUCUGGUGAUGCUAGCGGGGGUAUUUUUGUUGGUGACGCAUAUGCUUGUACGGGGGAAUGUUAUUUCGUUGACUUCAGAGGCUAGAGGUCGCGAUGGGGUAUCUACGGGGGAGUUCGUGGGUGCGAUUUCCAUGAUCUAUGUAGCGACGCACUUGCUUUCCGUGAGUCGCCUCGCAGUGCUAUAUCUAGGGUUAUAUGUCAGUCCGUUCAACUUGUACACGGUAAUAGUGCUUUUGUGGGACGUGUAUUGGAAUUCGGGCACGGAGAAUAUCGUGAGCACGGUGGUAGGAUACGUCGUGGUGGUGGUUUCGUUCAGAAUAUUGUACAAGAAGACGGUAUUAUCGUCACUCACAGCAGCAUUAGCGAACAUUGAUGUGCGAGUGGCGGGAGGUGCGGUAGCAACGGGCGUGGUUGCAUUGGCGGUCACUGGAUUCGAAAAUAUCUCACCCAUGAUGAUGGGUGUCAAUGUGUGUGCAUCCCUUGUGUAUUUGAUUUCGUUGCAGGAUUGUGAUAUGAAAGCGUCGCGUUUCAAUCCAUUCAUUAUCGGAUUGGUAUCGUUCAGUCUCGAGUAUAUCGUGCUCUCUACUGAUUUCAGCGUGGCACAGUUACUUUUGGGCGUUGUUGUGCCCUUGAUUAUUAAGGCAGACAGAUCUAUCGAUAUUACUGCAAGCCAGUAUGCUGGUAUAAAUGACACUUCUGAAACAAGGAGCAAUGGAUCGAUUUUAACGGAAUUGUUAAGCCAUUCGGAUACAAGGGCGAUUUUCAAUUUCCUUUUGCUUAAUUCUACAUUCAUGUUUAUUCAGUUGCUUUAUUCUUUCAGAUCCAAAUCACUAGGGUUAUUGUCGGACUCUUUGCAUAUGGCACUAGACUGCACAUCGUUAGCAUUAGGUUUAAUAGCAGGUAUAUUACUGAAAAAUGCUAUAAAUCCAAAUGGGAAAUUUCCAUUUGGGUUGAAAAAUUUCGAAAUCUUGGCAGGUUUUACAAAUGGAACAUUAUUAAUUGGAAUAUCGGGUAGUAUCAUCUUUGAGGCGUUCGGGAGGUUGUGGAAUCCGGUUGUUUUACAAAAGACCAAUGAAUUGAUUAUUGUUUCCUUUUUAGGGCUUCUCGUAAAUUUGGUAGGGAUAUUUGCCUUUAACCACGGUCACGAUCAUAGCCAUGGCCAUUCACACGGACACAGUCAUAACCAUGGACAUAGUCACAGUCAUGAAUACAGUCACGAUCACUCAGAUAAUGGUGACCUGUCAGAGAAAGCUGCUAUGAAUGAUAACAUGAAGGGUAUUUUCCUCCAUAUAUUAGCUGAUACUUUGGGAUCUGUUGGAGUUGUUAUCUCCACGAUAUUAACAAAGUUCUUCAGCUGGGAUGGUUUUGACCCAGUUGCAUCAAUCAUCAUUGCCGUAUUGAUUUUCUUGUCAGCUAUCCCAUUGAUUAAAUCAACUGCGCUGUCGCUCCUACUCAAAUUGAAAUCGGACAAAGAAAUGAAAAUCAGGUCAGUGCUAAAUGAUAUUGUGCAAGUAAAAGGUAUCAAGUCUUUUACUACUCCAAGAUUCUGGCCAUCCAGUGACAAUUCUGAUAUCUUCGGAUAUAUACACGUUCAAAUUUAUAGAGGUGAAAAUUCAUUGUAUAUAAAAAAGCAAUGUGAGAGAAUUUUCCAAGCUGAAAGCAUUGAUGUCAUGAUCCAGGUUGAAAACGAUUUCGAUACUUGCUGGUGUCGCUCCGAUAGUGCUAUUAUGACUAUAUAA